GUUCGGCUCUGAAUGUUGUUGCUACUGUAGUUUGGAGUCGCCAAGAGUCAGAACUGAUUAAACCACCGGGACUGAAACAUUUUUUUUCUUUAAAUUCAAUUCAACAUUUCCAACAGUUCAAGUAAACUUGCAAACAUACUGUCUCCUUUUUUUUUUUUUUUUUAAAGACAAAACGAGAUGGAACUUAAUUCGCUGUUAAUUCUGCUGGAGGCUGCAGAGUACUUGGAGAGAAGAGACAGAGAGGCAGAGCACGGUUAUGCCUCGGUUUUACCCUACAGUAGCGACUUCUCCAGGAAGAAGACGAAAGCAUCGCCAAUUAACAGAAAAAGUCAGAACAAUAGAUCGUCGCACAACGAGCUGGAGAAACACAGACGUGCCAAACUACGGCUGUACUUGGAGCAGCUGAAGAAGCUGGUGCCUUUGGGUCCAGACAGCACUAGACACACCACACUGAGCUUGCUGAAAAGGGCCAAGAUGCUCAUCAAGAAGCUGGAGGAGCAAGACAAAAAGGCUUUAAACACGAAGGAGCAGCUGCAAAGAGAGCACCGCUACCUCAAACGCCGCCUCGAGCAGCUCUCGGUGUCAGGAAGCGUGGAGCGCAUCCGCACCGACAGCAUGGGCUCCACCAUCUCCACCGACUCUGAACAAGAUGUGGAUAUCGAAGGUAUGGAUUUAACCCCUGGCGAGGCAGACAGCGUGGGCAGCAUCAGCGACCCUGAGGUAGAAGAAGAAGAAGAGGAGGAGGAGGAAGAGGAGGACCAGUACAGCCUCCAGAGCAGCUCCAGCGACACCAGCUACACGGCCUCACAUUCCCACAGACUGCAGCCACACCACUGUUAGACUCCCAUGGCCAGACGAACCCGCUUCUUCACUCGCCCAGACCACCGCCGUAACCGCCGUGACUGUUUGCAGUCUCCAGCGCCGCCCACCUCCUACAUCGGAGCAGUCCACAAAGGCGGUGCCCCGGAAAACCGUUUUGCAGAAACACCACUCAAGCCUUUCAUACAUCCCUCCCUUAUUCCACUGACCCUACCUCACCCUGUUGUAUCCUGUCCGAACACGCCCCUUCUGUCACGCCCUGCCCCGCCCACAAAUCCAACCUUCCCCCUUAAGCCGGAGUAGCUGCAGGCUCUGGGAGAGCAGUGGGGGACUUCUGUGGUGAGAUGGAUAGCUUUAUCUUGUUAAUCAGGACCUGGAAGUGUGCAUGUGUGUGUGUGUGUGUGUGUGUGUGUGUGUGUGUGUGUGUGUGUGUGUGUGUGUGUGUGUCUGUGUGUGUGUGUGUGUAAAAAAAAAAAUGUCACCCAGUUCCCGACAGGUUUAAAAACAGCAUAACGAAAUAUGCAUGUCUGGUUAAUGAGGCAAUGACACGCAGACGCGGCUAGAAAAUAUGCAAAUCAUCCGUGUCUGCAUCUGUCGUAGACAACUUUAGGACCUCAAAGUACAAGCCGACUUGAGGCAAUAAGUCACACCGGCAUGAGAAGAUCAAUACUGUUCCCACGCUGGAACCGAGAAACCGUUCCCUUGGAACUAGAGAGAAGAGGAACCAGUUAGCCAAAGAAAACACAAAAUACGAUAUCCUUAAGAAGUUUUAUUUUUCUUAUUCACGGCGGACGUUAUAACAGAAACAAUUAAUUUAUAUCCUCUUAUUAUAGUACUCAUCUUUAGGUUGAGAAAAUGACUGUGCUAAAGGUAGCUUAACUAAGCUGAAACACGGCUAUGUUCACACUGCAGUAAAUUCCGAUUUUUUUCGCCCACAUGUGACAUUUUCAUGUCAGUUUGAACAGUACAAUUCAGAUGUUUCCAAAUCCGACUUACACAUGAAUGCGCAGGGCCACUGGUUUUACGUCAUUGUUUUGUCAGUUCAGGGAAACAUUCCGUUCACAUUAGACAGUCAUUGAAGUCGCAUAUUUUUCAACUUCAUAAAAAGAUCGGAUUCAACAAAAAAAAGUAGAAUUUUGCUUUACACCCUGUAAUGUAAAUUGCUAAAGUUAGCUUCAUCGAGCUAAGGGUAAGCGAAAACUAAAGUAAUUUCCACACGGCUAUGUUCACAAUGCAGAUCAAUUCCGAGUUCUUUCAGAUUUUUUUCGUUGUCAAUUAGAACAGUUCGAUUCAGAUUUGUUCAAAUCCGAUGUACGCUACAACACAAAUCAGUACACGAUGCGCCGCAUGUGACGACGUGUUUUGUGCCUCACUCGUCAGUUCACGGAUGAAAUCCGUUCACAUUAGACAUUCUCUCUAUAGCUAUGUUCACACUGCAGGUCAAUUCAGAUCUUUUUGCACAUGUUACCUGUAUCUGAUUUUUUUUUUUUUUUUUUCAAAUCCGAUGAAUAUAAAUCGUAUACGUAUCCGAUGCGACCGCAGUUUAAACGUUCAUGUUGCCGACCAAUACGUUAACGAAGGGUGACAAGUGUCUCGAUUCCUCAACAAAAAAGACAUGCGUUAAACAUACAUACUGUAGAAGGUAUUGUAAACAGCUACGUAAAAAUAUCGGAUUCGACACAAAAUUCGAAUUUGGCAUCAUGCACUGCUGUGUAAACGUAGCCUAAGAUAGGGUAAUCCUCUCUUUUGCUAUAAUCACACCGCUAGUUAAUUACGAUGUGAACUGUAUCUGAUUUCAGUAAUCUCCAUUUUUUUGUUUAUGUUUUAUGUGAACAAUUACAUAAAAAGAUCAGAUUUCAUAAAAAGUUUGAAUUGGGCAGUGUGAUCUAGCCUUAGAUAGGUUAAUGCUCUCUUUCGCUGUUCAAUUCCGAUGUAUCUGAAUUCCGUGAUCUCCAUAUUUUUUUGGUAAUGUAAACGACUACAUGAAAAGAUCGGAUUAACCAAAAAAUUAUGAUUGGGCAUUUUAACCUGCUUUGUGAACAUAGCCUAAUAUGGGCUAAUUCUCUCUAUAGCUAUGUUCACACUGCAAGUCAAUUCAGAUCUUUUUGCACAUGUUACCUGUAUCUGAUUUUUUUAUUUUUUUUUCAAAUCCGAUGAAUAUAAAUCGUAUACGUAUCCGAUGCGACUGCAGUUUAAACGUUCAUGAAGGGUGACCGGUGCCUUGAUAAUGCUCUCCUUCGCUGUUCAAUUCCGAUGUAUCUGAAUUCCGUAAUCGCCAUAUUUUUUUUGGUAAUGUAAACAACUACAUGAAAAGAUCGGAUUUAACGUAAAAAAUCAGAAUUGGACAUAAGUGUGAAUGUUUAUAUAUUGUAUGUACAUAAGUGAAUAGUACUCCACGUCAAAAAAUAUUCAACGGCAUCUAUUUUUAUAUCCGAACAAAGCCGAUGUUCUGGCUAACAACAAGCCAAACGAGUGAGAGAGCUGCAGCAGAGAAGACUGUCCGUAGAUUUUUUAUUCGGAUGAUUGCCUCGCCACUACUCCACACUACUGACCACUACACGACAACACGCUAUAUUGUGGACAGACUACUACGGCAAAGUAAAAGACAAACUUUUGAACUCUAUUUCUCAGUAGCGAAGCGAUGUAGCAAAAGACGCAGGAGGAAGGGGUCUUCCUCCCAGUGUUUCGAUGGUUCUGGAUACCCCCUUUUUUCUCCAAAAAAAAAAACAAACAAAAAAAGCAAA